CAAAGACAUCUGAGGGGUGGGAGAAGGUGGGGUCACAAGACUAAAGGAGCCUGCGUUCCCAAAUCACUGCAUGGAAAGCUGCCCACGGAACACCCACAUUUGGACGGUUAGAGCGUGAUUCCUGUACCGGCAGGGCCAUCCGCCGCCUCUCCCCCUGCAGGACACCCCCCGAGGGUCUCGGAGGAGCAGGAGCGAUGGAAGGCUGGGGGUUCCUCAGCCUGGAAGCCAGCGGCCCCGUGCUGACGGUGACCCUGUCAGUGGUCCUCUUGGCCCUCCUGACGUGGUACUCCACUUCGGCAUUUUCAAGACUGGAGAAGUUGGGCAUCAGACAUCCCAAGCCUUCUCCUUUUAUUGGAAACCUGACGUUUUUCCGCCAGGGUUCCUGGGAAAGCCAAAUGGAGCUCAGAAGGCUGUACGGACGUCUGUGUGGGUACUAUCUCGGCCGUCGGAUGUUUAUCGUUAUCUCGGAGCCAGACAUGAUCAAGCAGGUGUUGGUUGAGAACUUCAGUAGUUUUACCAACAGAAUGGCGACGGGUUUGGAAUGCAAACCGGUAGCUGACAGCAUCCUGUUUUUACGUGACAAAAGAUGGGAAGAGGUCAGAAGUGUCCUAACUUCUGCUUUCAGUCCUGAAAAGCUGAAUGAGAUGACGCCCCUCAUCAGCCAAGCCUGCGACCUGCUCCUGGCUCAUCUAAAACGCUACGCGGAAUCUGGGGACGCUUUCGACAUCCAGAGGUGCUACAACUGCUACAGCACGGAUGUGGUGGCCAGCGUCGCCUUCGGCACCCGGGUGGACUCCCAAAAGGCUCCCGAGGACCCCUUUGUGCAGCACUGCAGGCGGUUCUUUGCCUCCUCCAUCCCCAAACCUCUCCUGGUUUUAAUCUUAUCAUUUCCAUCCAUAAUGGUCCCACUGGCCCGGAUUCUGCCCAAUAAGAAGCGAGAUGAACUGAACAGCUUUUUUAACAAACUCAUUAGAAAUGUGAUUGCCUUGCGGGACCAGCAAGCAGCAGAAGAGAGGCGGAGAGACUUCCUCCAAAUGGUUCUGGAUGCCCGCCAUUCUGCCGCCUCCGUGGGCGUGGAGAGCUUUGACAUCGUCACACAAGUCUUCUCCCAUGAAUGCUCGGCGAAUCCUUCAGAGAAACACCAGCCCAGACACCCGUCCAAGCCUCUGACCAUGGAUGAGGUCGUGGGCCAGGCCUUCCUCUUUCUCAUCGCUGGCUACGAGAUCGUCACCAACACUCUCUCCUUCGCCACCUACCUACUGGCCACCAACCCCGACUGCCAGGAGAGGCUUCUGAGAGAGGUGGACCAGUUUAACGAGAAAAAUAUGGCCCCUGAGUACUGCAGCCUCCAGGAAGGCCUGCCCUACCUGGACAUGGUGAUCGCAGAGACCUUGAGGAUGUACCCACCGGCUUUCAGGUUCACACGGGAGGCGGCACAGGACUGCGAGUUGCUGGGGCAGCGCAUUCCCGCGGGCACAGUGGUCGAAAUGGCUGUGGGCGCCUUACACCAUGACCCUGAGCACUGGCCACGUCCAGAGGCCUUUGACCCCGAGAGGUUCACGGCCGAGGCCCAGAGGUGCCGGCGACCCUUCACCUACCUGCCAUUCGGAGCGGGUCCCCGGAGCUGCCUCGGGGUGCGGCUGGGGCUGCUGGAGGUCAAGCUGACGCUGCUCCACCUCCUGAGCAAGUUCCGGUUUGAAGUCUGCCCUGAGACUCAGGUACCACUGCAGCUAGAAUCCAAAUCUGCCCUAAGUCCAAAAAAUGGUGUCUACAUCAAGGUUGUCUCCCGCUGACACAGUUACAACAGCACCUUCUAAUUCAAAGAAAAGCCUUGUGGAAAUUCGGAUUUGGGGGAAACGUCACCUAAGUAAUUUAAAGGGUGCCUGGCAUACAAGUAUAAAAGAGGUCAUUUCCGUAACAUUUCCUAAAUGUUUAAUAAACGUUUGUUUGUUAC